CUGCUGCUGAAGCUGAAGGAAAUUUUAAAUAGUGUUUCCUUGGGGUGUGAAGAAUCCAAAAAAAUUAAGCAAGACAUAUACGAUUAUGAUCUUACUCAGUACUGCAUGCUGGUCCUCAGACAAGACCACUCCCGACUGCGUGGAGGCUGGGCUAUUGCAGCCCAGCUAGCAGAGAUACUAAGUCAUUGUUGUGUAGGACUAGAGGUAAGAGAAGAUCCUGAGGAAUUUUACAAGAAAUUUCUUCCUUCAGCUAUAGAUAACCUGCUGUUUUUGGGAAGACGCUUGCAAGCACGAUUUAUCCGAGCAAUCAAGGAUGCAGAAAAACGAGAUUUUUUACGCUGGUUCCAAACGGUAACUGAUGCCAUCUGCUGGCUCUUCGGUGGGCAUGUUCAACUAGCAGCGUGUGUACUGCAAAAUGAUCACUUCCUGCAGUUGUUAAUAACAGAUGAUGUCGACACAGCAAUUACAAUGAUGUCUGUUUUACACAAUAUUUUGAGGGUCAAUAGUUCUGUCUUGCUUCAGAUUCAGGAAGAGACUCUUCACUCUGUUUUGGAUGAACUUGUUUAUAAGCUUUCAUCUACCACCAAUCCUGUCAUAGGAAAUGCUGCAACAAAACUACUACUGUUGGUGGCAAAAUCUUGCAAGCAGCUUGUGAAGUUACUCACGACUCGCUACAAAGGAUUAAAAGGGCUUUUAAAUAAACAGUGGACUGGCAAAGGAUUUGACAGGGCUCUCAAUCAACUCUUGGACGCACUGUACUUGGAACAAUCCAACGGAAAAGGAGAAGUGCAGAGGCAGCAUCAAGCAGCUUGUAUAAUCCAGGCUCUGUGGAGGGGAUUUCAGACAAGAAAAAGGCUGAAGAAACUACCCCAAGCAGUGACCACGUUACAGAGAAGCUUCAGAGCUAAACGGGAAAAGGAGCUGCAGCAUUUAAAAAAACAGAAGGAAGAUGAGGCUCUAAAACUGCAAAUGCAACUUCAGAGGCAGAGGGCCAUGAGACUCUUCCAUGAACAACAGCUUGCCUUACUGGAAAUAAUCCAUGCCAGUCAGGUAAAUAAGUACAUGGAGGAAAUGGAGGGGAAAUCAGCAGUAACUAUCCAGAGAUUCUGGCGAGGGUAUAGAGCAAGAAGAAAUUUUCAUCAACAAAGACAAUCUCUUAAGGAGUAUAAAGCAGCUGUCAUCAUUCAGAGAGCAGCUUGUAAAUUCUUGGAAAAGCGAAGAAGGAGGAGACUUCUCUCUCCUUGGAAAGAUCCCAAGGGAAUGACUGAUGAGCAGAGACUGGCUUUGCAGCAGAAGGUGGAUGACUACAUCAAAUUGCAUCCGGCCUCCCAAAUGUCAGAAGAAAGGAGUAAAGAAUUACAUAUGCACGCCCAGGAAAAGCUGGCACAGUUUCUGUGGAGGAGCAGACUGGAUCAGAGAGCAGUGCAGCGGAGAGAGGCGUUACUGGCUCAAGUCAACACCGAUGUGGAGCUGCUAAUGAAUGCUCCAGGGUUAGCAGAGGCCACAGAAAAAGAUCUUGAUGUCUUUAUGAGUCGAUCAAUCCCUGUAGCUACCAGGGCAAGACAAUCCCACAACACUAUGCUGAAAUACACUCGCUGGCCAUGGUGGAAGAAGCUUGAAGAUGAGUUUAUGGAGGAUGAUGUCAUACCUGACGAUGCCCUAAAUGCAGAACUGGGAACUCUGUUUAUUGAUGGAAGGAAAUCCUUUUAG